UGACAUUUAACAUGACAGCAGGUUUGUUGGCUGGAUUUAUUUUUUGAUACUACUCUUUGGGUUGCGUGAUUUCUAUUUCAAAGUGAAACAAUAAAAACAUUCUAAUUAAGUGGAAUAAUAAAACCUAAUAUAAUGAAAAAAGAAGAAGUUCAAGAUAUUUUUCUUAAAAUAUUGAGAGAAGAGGAAGAUGUAUCAGCUGGUGUUGCUGCAAUAAAAACUCUUCUUACCGUAAUAGAAAACUAUGAAGUUACAACUGUGAGAGAGUUGGAUUUCAACCUCCAACUGGCUGUGGAUGCCAUGAGGAACUGUGAUCAGCCCGUGACGGCAAUAUCUUCUGGCUGUGAGUUAUUCAUGAGGUUUAUCACAUUUGCAAAACUAGAUCUUAGGUCUUUUGAAGAAUGUGAACAGAUAAUGUUACAAAGAGGUCGUAUAUUUUUGGACACUUUGCUUGAAGCAAGAGGGAAAGUAGCCAAGCAAACCUUACCAUUUAUUAGUGAUGGUUGUAAAAUAUUGACUCAUUCUCGUUCUAGAGUAGUAUUACAAGCAAUGGUUGAAGCUGCGAGAGCCAAUAAAAGAUUUGAAGUUUUUGUUACAAUGUCAUGUCCAGAUAAUAGCGGUGAACUUAUGCAUAAGCAGUUGGUAGCUGCAGGCAUCGACGCGACCUUGAUAUUGGACUCUGCUGUGGGCUAUAUUAUGGAACAGAUUGAUAUAGUGAUGGUCGGUGCUGAAGGAGUCACUGAAAGUGGAGGAAUCAUUAACAAAGUUGGCACCUAUGGACUAGGGAUAGCCGCAUUAGAGCUCAAGAAGCCAGUUUACGUUCUAACGGAAAGCUUCAAAUUCUCAAGAAUAUACCCUCUCAAUCAACGAGAUUUACCCAAAGAAUUCAAAUACCUAUCUAGCGUUCUAAAGUCAGGUAAAGAUCUAGCGAAGCAGCACCCUCUAGUGGACUAUACCCCUCCUGCGUAUAUAACACUGUUAUUCACCGAUUUAGGAAUUCUAACGCCAUCUGCUGUCAGUGAUGAAUUAAUAAAACUAUAUUUGUAAAUAAGAUAAUUAUUUAAAUACAAAACAAAAUCGAAAAAA